AUGGCUCGCAAGUUCUUCGUCGGCGGCAACUUCAAGAUGAACGGCUCCAAGUCGUCCAUCAAGGAGAUUGUCGACAACCUCAACAACGCUGAUCUCGACAAGAACGCCGAGGUCGUUGUUUCUCCUCCCGCUCUCUACCUCCCUCUCGUCCGCGAGACACUCCGCAAGGAGAUUGAGGUCGCCGCCCAGAACGUCUUCGACAAGCCCAACGGUGCUUUCACUGGCGAGAUCUCUGUCUCUCAGCUUAAGGACCUCGACGUCAACUGGGCCAUCCUCGGACACUCUGAGCGCCGAACCAUCCUCAACGAGUCUGACGAGGUCAUCUCCUCCAAGACCAAGUACGCCACCGAGAACGGCAUCAAGGUCAUCUGGUGCUGCGGCGAGUCCCUCGAGACCCGCGAGGCCAACAAGACCAUUGAGUUCGUCUCCGCCCAGAUCGAGUCUCUCAAGUCUCACGUCUCCGACUGGUCCAACAUUGUCAUCGCCUACGAGCCCAUCUGGGCCAUUGGCACUGGCAAGGUUGCCACCACUGAGCAGGCCCAGGAGGUCCACAAGGCCAUCCGUGACCUACUCCGCAGCAUCAGCGACAAGGUUGCUGACGAGACCCGCAUUCUCUACGGCGGCAGCGUCAACGAGAAGAACUGCGGCGAGCUCGCCAAGCAGCCCGACAUUGACGGUUUCCUCGUUGGUGGUGCUUCUCUCAAGCCUGCUUUCGUCGACAUCAUCAACGCUACUAGGCAGUAA